AUGGGCAAGCUCUACGGACCCGCCGAUAGCUUCCGCACGAAGAAGGUGCUCGUCGCCGCCAAGUUCGCCAAGAAGAACGUUGAGCUGAUCGAUGAUGCACCGCCAGCCGCUGUUUCGCCCCUGGGUUUGACCCCGGCCUACUCUGAUGGAGCCGACCAUCUGUUCGGCGCCGAUGCCAUCGCGCUGCACUUGGUCGCCGGGGUUCUUGGAUGCCCGAAGAGCUGUGGCGCUGUCCUUCAAUGGGUUCAAUGGGGCGAGGCCAACCUACUUCCCAACAUCCUAGGUUGCGUCCUCCCCAAAGUGUCGAAGGCCCAAUUCGAUGAGGGAGUCGUCGCCAUCUACAAGCAAGAACUGCUGGCCCAACUCACGCAGCUCAACGAAGUGCUCGAGAAGAAGACGUUCCUGGUUGGAGAGCGCGUCUCGUUGGCUGACAUCUCUGUCGCCCUCAACCUUCUUCCCGCCUUCGAAAACUUCAUCAACCAGACGCUGCGCAAGCGAUUCAUCCACGUCACUCGUUGGUUCAACACCAUCGUCAACCAGCCGCCAGCCAAGGAGGUGCUCGGUGAUGUGAAGUUCGAUGCAACUGUUGGAACGGAAGAACCUCAGGCCAAACCUGCCAAGGGCGCGCACCAACAACCAAAGGCCGAGAAGUCGAAGAACGCCAAGCCAACGACGCCUGCAGCGCCAAAGGCUGAAAAGAAGAAGAAGGAUGAAGCGGAAGAGCUGGACGCCGCUGAUGCAGCCGUCGCGGCCGAGCCCAAGCAGAAGGACCCCUUCGAGUCGAUGCCCAAGUCUUCGUUCGUGAUGGACGCUUUCAAGCGCGUCUACUCUAACGAAGACACUGCCACCAAGGCCAUCCCCUACUUCUGGGACAACUUUGACGCGGAGAACUGCUCGAUCUGGCGGUGCGACUACAAGUAUAACGAUGAGUUGACGCUGUCCUUCAUGAGCUGCAACCUCAUCUCCGGCAUGUACCAACGCCUGGAAAAGCUGAAGAAGAAUGCCUUCGCCUCGAUGAUUCUCUUCGGAACCGACAACAACUCGCAAAUCUCUGGCAUCUGGGUGUGGCGCGGACAAGGCCUCGCCUUCGAGCUGUCGCCCGACUGGCAGGUUGACUACGAGUCAUACGAGUGGAAGAAGCUCGACCCGAAGUCUGAAGAGACCAAGAAGACUGUCAACGAGUACUGGAUGUGGGAGGGAGACUUCGACGGCCGCAAAUUCAACCAAGGAAAAAUCUUCAAA